AUGGCGUCGUCGACCAGUAGCUCCGAGGAGAGCCUCGUUUUACCGCAUGUCAACGGUAAUGGGCACUACAAUGGCGUCAAUGGCACGAGAAAUGGCAGCAACGGCAGCGUCAAUGGCAAUGGUGUAAACGGACGAUCGUCACCAGAAGACAACAACCCUCGAGCAAGAAUGUUUCGCAAAAAGUCCAACGCCAUGAUGCCCCCAUUCAUGGUCUCAGCCCCAGGCAAGGUCAUUGUGUCGGGAGAGCACGCCGUCGUAUAUGGCAAGCCUGCCAUUGCCGCAUCCAUCUCCUUGCGAUCAUAUCUCCACGUCACUACUCUUUCCAAAUCAAAGCGUACCGUCAGUCUGCGCUUUGCCGACAUUGAUCUCGAGCAUACCUGGAAUAUCGACGAGCUGCCCUGGGCAAUAUUCCAACAUCCCGACAAGAAAAAGUCCUAUUAUAGCCAUGUCACCUCUCUCGACCCCGACCUCGUCGAGGCUCUGCAGCCGCACCUCGAAGACAUGUCACCUCACAAGUCAGAGGCCGAGCGCAAGAUACACAAGAACUCGGCAAGCUCCUUUCUCUACCUCUUUCUCUCCCUCGGAUCGCCCAAAUUCCCAGGCUGUCUAUAUACGCUGCGCUCGACGAUACCCAUUGGCGCCGGUCUAGGUAGCAGCGCCUCCAUUGCUGUAUGCAUGUCUUCAGCCUUGCUGCUGCAGCUUCGAACGUUAUCCGGACCCCACCCCGAUCAGCCCCCAGACGAGGCGCGCCUGCAGGUCGCAAGAAUCAACAGCUGGGCCUUUGUGGCGGAAAUGUGUAUACACGGCAAUCCUUCUGGGGUGGACAAUACGGUCGCGACCCAAGGCAAGGCAGUAGUGUAUCUCAAGGGCACCGGAGAACAGCCACCGACAGUGAAACCAUUGUGGGACUUUCCAGAGCUCCCCUUGCUGCUUGUCGACACGAGGCAGCCAAAGUCUACAGCGCACGAGGUGGCCAAGGUUGCAAGGCUCAGGAAUACGCACCCGAAACUGGUUGGGCCCAUCUUGGACGCAAUAGACAAGUGUGUCCAUACCAUGAACGACCUCAUUGCCGAGGACGAUUUUGACAAGGACGAGGUGGAGAGUCUGAGCAAAGUGGGAGAAAUCAUGACGAUAAAUCACGGUCUACUCAACGCACUGGGCGUAUCACAUCCGCGUCUUGAGCGCGUACGGGAACUGGUCGACCACGAAGGUCUGGGCUGGACCAAGCUCACUGGAGCUGGCGGCGGCGGUUGCUCGAUAACAUUAAUGAACCCAACAGUACCCAGAACCAGAUGGGAUCAACUGGAAGAACAGCUCGAACUCGAAGGAUAUCAAAAGUUUGAAACCACUCUUGGCGGAGAUGGUAUCGGUGUGCUCUGGCCUGCCGUCCUCAAGAAUGGAAUGGACGAGGACGAUGAGGGAGGCAUGGAGAUUGACCUGGAAAAGUUCCUCAGUGCCCCUGGUAAUGAAGGUGUAGAAAGGCUGGUGGGAGUGCACAGUGGCGGGGCAGAAAGAGAAGGUUGGAAGUUUUGGCGUGUUGAAAGCAGGUGA